AUGAAGGUGGAAAGCAUCAUUACCAGACGCUGCCUACUUUCUCCCAAAAUGAUCAUAUGUGUUGAGCAUCAUGAUGCCAGUAAUUCACAGAGGGAUUUGACUUCAGUCCACCGAGGUCCAGUUUAUAUAAAAAUAACUGAAAUCGUCAGUGUGAUAUGA